UUUUAUUUAGAUUAAAUUCAACUGAUCAUUACAAAACUUAUGUCGGAGGAGAAGAAGAAGAAAGACAGCAUGCCAAGAGCUUGGUUCUCGUUGAACACCUGCAAAUCCAACUCCUCCGACGUCCACGAUCCCGAGACGAAGAAGAAGCCGCGGUCGAGAAGCAGCCGCUCUGGCUGCUCGAGGUCCAUCGCGAACCUCAAAGACGUGAUCCACGGCAGCAAGAGGCAUCCCGAGCCGCCUCCCCCCGCGGCUUGCAGCCCUCGCUCCAUCGGCAGCAGCGAGUUCCUCAACCCGAUCACCCACCAUGUCGUCUUCUCCACUUCCAAACACGACCUUAAAUUCUCUCAAGACACCCGUAAAAAUAGAAUCACAUCGCAAACACGAAACGACGACGCUGCUGGCACUGCAACCUGCCACAAAUGCGGCCAACACUUCCUCAAGUUGGAGUCUCUCGAAUCCCACCACCUCUCUACCCAUGCUGUGACGGAGCUAGUGGAAGGUGACUCCUCGCGAAAGGUAGUCGAGAUCAUUUGCAGAUCGACCAAAUCUGAGCCGAGCCGCAGCAUUAGAAUCCAGAGGGUUUUAAAAGUCCACAACAUGCAAAAAACCUUAUGCAGAUUCGAGGACUACAGAGAGAUGGUAAAGAUCAAAGCAAGCAGACUCCAAAAAAAACACCCUCGUUGCUUGGCGGACGGCAACGAGCUCCUCCGAUUCUACGGCACCCACGUGGCCUGCGCCCUCGGCGUUGGCUCCUCGGCCCUCUGCGUCUCCGACAAAUGCAGCGUGUGCCGCAUCAUCCGGCACGGCUUCUCUGCGAAAAGGGAGAUGAGAAACGGAGUGGGCGUUUUCACAACUUCGACUAGCGGAAGGGCAUUUGAGUCGAUAGAGGACGAUGUGGACGAUCCGUCCCUUAGGAAGGCGUUGAUCGUGUGCAGGGUGAUCGCCGGGAGGGUGCACCGCCCUCUCGACAACGUGCUAGACAUUGUCGGGCAGACCGGGUUCGAUUCCCUGGCCGGGAAGGUGGGCUUGUAUUCCAAUGUUGAGGAGCUUUACUUGCUUAACCCCAAAGCUCUGCUUCCUUGCUUUGUGGUCAUUUGUAAAACUUGAGGGACUUUGGUCUGGUGUUUAGGUUAGUUUCUAUAUGAUUAAUUGUGUCACAAUUUUAAUGAUGUUUUGUAGAAUUCAAUCCUUGGUAUAAUUGCAUUUUGG